AUAACAAUAAUAAAUAAAUAAAACAAAUUAUGUCUGACUACGAUAAUGUGCGUAUAAAGAAGCUGGUGCUAAAGGGGGAAAAACAUAAAAAAAACAAAAAACGUAAGAAGGAAAAAGAGCACAAAGACGUAGAAGAUGGUGCCGCGAAGAAAAGUAAGACUACUGUCGACGAAGAUGCUGUUCAGCAUGGUGGUUGGUGGAAGGCAACAACCGCGGCAAAUAUUGUAGGAACUGUUGCAAUUGAGUUUGGAGAACGCUGCUAUUUGAAGGCUUUAGAUAAUGGAUUGUUCACAUUGGGCGCUCCACAUAAUCAAGGCGAUGGACCCGAUCCGGAAGAAAUCUUUACGGCGUUUCCCAUUAACGAGCGCAAAGUCUCAUUUAAAUCGGGCUAUGGAAAGUAUUUAAAGAUCGAAAAGGACGGCAUGGUAACGGGUCGAUCUGAAGCUGUGGGUAGUAUGGAGCAAUGGGAGCCUGUAUUCGAGGACAAACGAAUGGCGCUGUUGUCGGAAACUGGGCACUUUAUGUCCAUUGAUCCAGAGGAUGACGCUUGUGUGGCUUUGCGCAAGAAGGUAGGGCAACAUGAGAUCUGCCUGGUGCGUACUAAUGCUAUCCAAGAUGUUGUGAUUGAUGACCAACCCAAGGAAGAGAAGGGCGACUUGGGUGAAGUUGAGCGAAACUACGUCAAAAAGUUUCAAAAGUUCCAGGACAAGAAGAUGCGUAUUAGCCAAAACACUGUUAAGGAGCUUGAAGAGGCCAAGGCUAAGGGAUUGCUGCAUGAAACGCUUCUGGACAGACGCAGUAAAAUGAAAGCAGAUCGUUAUUGCAAAUAGUAAUAGUAAAUAGCUUUGUAAUUGUAAACGUUUAUAAAGAAACCAAGCCAACCAACAAACAAAUCAAUUAAAA